AUGUUAUCUAGUAGACUUAGACAAGUGACAUCUAAAAUCAAAAGAAAUCCAUUCUUUUUAAGUACACGAACGAAGGCUGCUUACGAAGGCGAUGGGAAAACAACAGUUCGAAUUAUCAACCAAGAAUUAGAUCUGGGUCUCAUGAUAGAUUCAUAUGCUACUUACGGUUUUAGAUUAAACAAUGGAAUCACAGUAUUGGGACCUAUAGCUAUAUUUCCUAGGACAAUACUAUCAUGGCAAGUGCCAAGUGCCGACCAAAUCACUGAACCCGCUCUCAGAUUUUUUAAAUUGUUAGAUCCAAAAAUUGAUUUAUUGAUUAUAGGAUUAGAAACGAAUGAUAGAAAAGUGAUAAACUCAGUUUUCAAAGCUUCAAGGGAAGCUAAACUCGGUGUGGAAAUCCUACCAACAGAACAUGCUUGCGCUACCUUUAAUUUUCUUAAUUCAGAGGGACGAUCAGUAGCAGGAGCGAUGAUACCUCCCUUACACAUAGUAAUGAAUGAAGACGACAUGUUGCAGUCCCAACUGCACUAUAAAAACAUAUACAAUCAAGAUCAAUUU